GUCAUCAGGUUGCUAAUUUGGCGGGAAAAGCUUCACACAGCAUGCAAUUUACCCGCGCUUUUGUGCAGUGCACGCAAAUCUCGACUAGUUUCUGCAUUGUUGAACGUAUUUUCCCGGCCUACUGCGACAGCGUUAAGCUUGGACACCACCAAGCCAGUAAUUUGUUAAAGCGGUCGAUUCAGUGCAGUAGGUACGCAUUUUCCACGAUGCCUGGUGAAUGUUCGACGCUGAAGUUCGUCAAGCUCACAGAGCACGCUCGCGCACCGACGAGGGGAUCAGCCGCUGCUGCCGGCUUCGAUUUGUACAGUGCAUACGAUUACCAGGUGCCUGCCGGUGGCCGCUGCGUUUGCCUUACCGACCUGCAAGUUGCAGUUCCUGAAGGUUGCUAUGGACGUGUCGCUCCUCGCUCGGGCCUGGCUUCCAAGCACGGAAUUGAUGUGGGCGCUGGCGUAGUGGACGCAGACUACCGGGGCAAUCUGGGAGUGCUGCUUUUCAACUUUGGCAGCACUGACUUCACAGUUUCCCGAGGGGAUCGCAUUGCGCAAUUCAUUUGCGAGCGCAUCACAUACCCUGAGCUCGUCGAGUGUAAGAGCUUGGACGAGACUGAGCGAGGAGAAGGUGGCUUUGGCUCAACGGGAUUGCGAGGCUGAUUUUUCGAGGGUCAUUGAGGCACCAAAGAAUGAUUUUUUGGCUGUACGUUGUGGCCAUUUCUCAAGAAAUCUCACAGAAGUGUUCCUGAAUGGCAUUUAUGACCAUUCGACUGGGCAUUUGAAGAAGGUGGAGCAGUAUUUCUUUUGUUGCAUUUAAAAGCCCUGUCGAAUUUUACAUGAUAAAAUAAACGGAUGUUACACAAAUGA